AAGUAGUACAAAGGUUACUUGAGAAUUCCUUGUAUUCAAUUGUAAAAUAAGGGUUUCGUAUUUAAGAAUAACUUUAAAUAUCUUAACAAUGGUUUUCUGUUACAAAUUAGUAAUGGAAUCUCCACGGCGGUCUGCUUCUGUGUCACCGAGAAGAAAAUCAGCCAGACCAAUUUAUCGUUCAAGUGCUGUGUCAGAUUUGAUAAAAUCUGAGGAUUUUGAAGACAGUAACAACCUAAUUAGUUCUAUUCCCGAGCGGGAGUGGCGCCUGUUGACCGCUCUAGCAAGGAAGAGAGAGGAGAACGCAGAGAGAGACAGACUAGCGGAUGAGUUCCAUAAGAUGUGGAGAGAGGAGAAACGAGAAAGAGAAAUGAUAGAAGCGCAGACGUCGGAACAAUUCAAGCAAUAUAUUAAGGAGAAGCGUCGCCGGGAGCGUUGCAUGGGCGAGUUGGUGCAAGGUCGGCGGCGUCUUCAACAGCACGCACUACAAGGACAGCUGCUAGACUGCAUUCGUUACAAGGAUCAUCGCGCCAAGGAGUUGAUGGCUUUCCAUGAUGAUAUAAAGGUGAGCAGAAUAAUGGACAAUGCUCUGGAAGAGGAAUCACGAGCGUACCUUGCAGCGGACCGGCGUUCGCGGCAACACGCGGCCGAGCACUGCCGGCGCAGCGUGCAACUUAUACAUGCGCUACACAGGGAAGAGAAAGCUAAUAAAAGAAGGAAUGCUUUACUUCGAGAUACAUCUCAGCGUGUAGCGAUAUCGAACGCGCUCAGUACGUGGGAAUCAUCGCUACUGCGUCAGGAGGUGGCGGCGGAGGAGACAUACAGACGUGCGCACGCGAUGGCGCGCGCGGCACAGACUGACGCCCGCGCGGCGCGAUUGGUGCGAGAGCGUGACGUCAGAGCGCGCCGCGCUCGCCGAUUGGCUGAUUUCACAGAGCGGCUCAGAGACGCUAUUAAAAUUGGACAGAUGUAGAUUCAAAAAAUUACAUAUUUUCAAAUUUAUAUUGUAAAAUGUCAGUUAAAUGCUCGGAUAGGCAAAAGAAAAGAAGUACAUGGAGAUGAUAGUUUAAUAUAUUUUCCACCAGAAAAA